GUGACGUAUGGUCUGGGCGUGAGGUUGGACGUCAUGUCGCCCUUCGACGUGUUGACGUCACGAGGUGUGGGCGCUCCGGUCCUGGGCGGCGGAGAAGAUGGCGGUGUGCUCAGGUCUGUGUGCGGGGCCUGGCGGGUGUGAGGGAUGGAGACCGAGGCCUCCUCCUGCUCCACGUGUUGUACAGACAGCCUCUAUGCCGUAUCUCCAUGACCUGUUCCUCCCUCAGUGCCGGCCACCAUUUCCCGUCACUGUCACUGCUCUCAGUGUGCGGCCUCGCUGCAGCCAGUCUGUGCUCUGCUUACUGCACGGCCAGGGCUCCGGCUAUCCUAUUACAGGGGCCACACACUGCAUCCUCCCAUCGGGGACUGCCAUUCAUUCAUCAUCCAUGGCCCCCAGCCCUGCCUCCACUCAGCUAUACUGCCUGGGGUACUAGUUAUACUGCCUGGGGUACUAGUUAUACUGCCUGGGGUACUAGUUAUACAGCCUGGGGUACUAGUUAUACUGCAUGGGGGUACUAGCUAUACUGCCUGGGGUACUAGUUAUACUGCCUGGGGGUACUAGCUAUACUGCCUGGGGUACUAGUUAUACUGCAUGGGGGUACUAGCUAUACUGCCUGGGGUACUAGUUAUACUGCCUGGGGUACUAGUUAUACUGCCUGGGGGUACUAGUUAUACUGCCUGGGGGUACUAGCUAUACUGCCUGGGGUACUAGUUAUACUGCAUGGGGGUACUAGCUAUACUGCCUGGGGUACUAGUUAUACUGCCUGGGGUACUAGUUAUACUGCCUGGGGGUACUAGCUAUACUGCCUGGGGUACUAGUUAUACUGCCUGGGGUACUAGUUAUAGCCUUAUACACUGCCUGGGGUACUAGUUAUGGGGGUACUAGCUAUACUGCCUGGGGUACUAGUUAUACUGCCUGGGGUACUAGUUAUACUGCCUGGGGGUACUAGUUAUACUGCCUGGGGUACUAGUUAUGCAUGGGGGUACUAGCUAUACUGCCUGGGGUACUAGUUAUACAUACUGCCUGGGGGUACUAGUUAUACUGCCUGGGGGUACUAGUUAUACUGCCUGGGGGUACUAGUUAUACUGCCUGGGGGUACUAGUUAUACAGCCUGGGGGUACUAGUUAUACAUCCUGGGGGUACUAGUUAUACAUCCUGGGGGUACUAGUUAUACAUGCCUGGGGGUACUAGUUGGGGUACUAGUUAUACAGCCUGGGGGUACUAGUUAUACAGCCUGGGAGUACUAGUUAUACAGCCUGGGAGUACUAGUUAUACAGCCUGGGAGUACUAGUUAUACAGCCUGGGGGUACUAGUUAUACAGCCUGGGGGUACUAGUUAUACAGCCUGGGGGUACUAGUUAUACAGCCUGGGGGUACUAGUUAUACAGCCUGGGAGUACUAGUUAUACAGCCUGGGAGUACUAGUUAUACAGCCUGGGAGUACUAGUUAUACAGCCUGGGAGUACUAGUUAUACAGCCUGGGAGUACUAGUUAUACAGCCUGGGAGUACUAGUUAUACAGCCUGGGGGUACUAGUUAUACAGCCUGGGGGUACUAGUUAUACAGCCUGGGGGUACUAGUUAUACAGCCUGGGGGUACUAGUUAUACAGCCUGGGGUACUAGUUAUACAACCUGGGUUCUAGAACCAGAACCCUGGCCAGCCCUGCCUCCUCCCUUCCAGCUAUACAGCCUGGGCCCUAGCACUGUACUCUGCCUGAACCAGCCCCUGCCCCCUGUACUUCCAGCAAUACUGCCUGGGUCCUAGCUUUGAACCAGCCCAUGGUAACGCCUUGGUUGCUCUAUACCCAGGGAUUGCUGGCUCACACAUUCUUACUUCCUGUUGGUUAUUUGACAUCCACAGAGCAGUGAUAGAGGAGAGCAAGAAGUCUGGAUAGGAAGCUCACAUUCACAAAUCCAUAAAGUGCCAUGUUUAGCCUACUGUGCUGGUGUCAUUGUAAUAACACACAGUAUCAAUGGGAUUCUGGAGUUGGACUAUACCCUGUUCAGAUUAGUGUAUGCAUGUAAUUUGACGCCCAGUUAGUCUUAUUACCAAAAACUACAGUAAAACAUUAAGUUCACUUAACUGAAGGAAGGUGACACAAUCUUGCUCUAACCAUGCUUUUAUUGGGCUUUUUAUUUUUUAAAUCACAAGUAGAUCAAUUCAGUUAUGAUGAAUAUAUAUUUGUGUGUGUUGUAUGCUCUUGAACAAAGGCAUCGUUGGCAGCACUACUUAUUUCUAAAUCUAUUUUAUAUAAUUCAAAUAUAAACUAACAUUUUUCAAAUUAAUAGACCGCUGUCCAUGUGUACUUUUUAAAGGAAAUUCUGACAGCCUAGCCACCAGAACUUCAAAAAUGUUACUUGUGGCUCAGGUUAAUACUGCCACCUUGUUGGGAUCAAACGGACUGUGAUGCUGUAAGUAUUGUAUGAGCAAACUGAGCUUUCAUCGAAUAGUGAAGACCCAGGAGCAUCAUUAUCCUGAGAUGUUUAUUUAAUCCCAAAUUUUGCAAGAUGAAGUGCCAUUUGAUGAAGUAAUUCUAACACAUUUAAAGUGUUUGUCAUACAAAAAUUAGAUGAUGUUGCUUAAUAGAUGAUAAAAUUUAGUCUGUAUACGAUAACCAAGCUACAUGCAAACAUAGGAUUUAAAUUUUUUUGGUUGUAGCUAUUACUUUGGCCUAGAAAUAUUAAACUAUAGUUAUGGCUGUAACACCAAGUUCACAUAGAUAUCUGCCUGCCUCCAUACAUUUACCUGAUAUCCAUCAAUGCUUAGCUUGUGUGUGAAGGCUGAAAAAUACAUUUGGGGUAGGUGCAUACAUCCUAUGUUGCGACCAUUUUGCUGGAGCAAUAAGUACAUUUCUUAUCUCAUAUCUUUAAGUCCUGAGUUCUAAAAAAAACAGUGUGCAAUUGUUUGUUUUUUUUGCAUAUUGAAAGCUGACAUUGUAAUUACAAGUGUUGUCGGUUAUUUCCUCUUUUUUGGAAAACAUUUUAGACUUGAUUUUUAAGAUCAUUUUUGGGGCAAGCAUUGACAAACUUCUGUGUUGAAUCCCCUUUGAAGCCAUUGGUGACUCUAUACAAAGAGUGUCCUCAAGUUAGUGGAAGUAUGUGUAACGUUAUAAUUGACAUGACUUGCAAAACCACGGAAAGGUAAAUCUGAACAUAAGGGGGAAAAAUGUCAGUACGCAUUACAAGUGAAUUCAGAUGUACGUCUUUUUUUUUUUUUUUUUUUAGUGUGCAAAAGUGUUUUUAAUGGAAUGAAUAUUGUAAUCUGUGAAAAUUGAGAUUGUUCUUAAACAGAGUGCUCACUGGAACUGGAAGGUUUUCUAAUGUAUUAAAGUAAACUGAAAGUUUGGCAUUUCUUCUAAUGAAAAAAAAAUUGAAAGUUUAAAAAGCUGUAUUCAGUUUCUUGGAAAGUCUGUGACUGGGCUGUUAAAUUGUUCUUGAAUACAGACAAGUUGCUUACAUAGUGCAGAUUAUAUUGAAAGAAAAAGCUUAAAGUGCUGAAAUGCAAUUCUUAUGAUUUAAAAAAGAAGAAAAAAAAUUAAAUUUCCGACUAUUUUAUAAGUUGUAAUAAAAAAUAAAAGAAUAUAGUCACCAGUUACCCUUACAUUAGUGUGCAUGUGUUUUCUUAUUAAAAGAACAGUUUAUUCACCGGUAUCACUGCAUCCUUAUAUUAUUGUAAAGCACUGCAGAUAAAGCUGGAGCUAUAUAAAUGCCGGUGAUAGUAAUCUUAAUGCAUGGAUUCUGCUGCUAAGAGAUUGUCCCUGCAGUCUUAGUACUGUAAAAAUAGCAUUUACAUUGCUUCUUAUCUGCACCUUUAGUUGCUGUUACUCAUACACUCACUAGAGACACUUCCUCUUGCAUUCCUGCACAUUUUGCAUGACUGUUUGGUGUGUUCACGCUUGGCAUGAAGACGCCAAACGCUCCUUGUAGAGAUGCAUUGGUAUAAUGCAUCUCUAUGCGGAGACAUUUAUUGGCGCAGUGCGACAGCCCACAAAUGCAUUCCGAUGGAAAAACAUUGGAUUGGCUAAAACAUCAGAAAUGUUGAUUCAUGGCAAAAUGGCGAGAGUGGCACAGCAGGAGAAAGGUGAGUAAAAUGGCUGUACUGGACUUUUUGAAGAUGGAGCGGAAUAUAAAUAGGAAGGUGGAUACUUUUAGAAAUGCAUGUAUACAGUUUUGUAUUUCUAACAGUGUUCCUUUAAUGUUUGCAACCAGAUAAGCGAUCUGACCUAAGUUUCUACAAUUUAUUGAUAUAGUGUCUACUUGACCGCUCACAUACCAGCACUCAUCACUUGUCACAUUCCAAUAGGUGUUAAGGUCCCUCGUAAUUUCCGAUUAUUGGAAGAACUUGAAGAAGGGCAGAAAGGAGUAGGAGAUGGCACAGUCAGUUGGGGCCUUGAAGAUGACGAAGAUAUGACACUCACUAGAUGGACAGGAAUGAUAAUUGGGCCUCCCAGAGUGAGUGUUGAAAACCAUGUGAUUAUUGUAAUAUUUUGUAUAGAUAAGGGUAAAACCAAACCUCAACAAAGUGAUAUUUCUUUACAAUCUUUCUUAUAAGCCUUGAAACGGUUGCAACAAAGAGGCUACUACAUGCUUGAUCCAGUAUGCUUCAGUAACAUCCGCUCAGUAUAAUUAUUGACACUGUCCUUAACCCCUUCACAACUUUUCCUUUACCCCAUCUUAAUGCGUUUGUGACCUAUUUGGCAUUUUAGCUAUGUGUUGUUUUUUUACAAUAGUUUAAUGUUUUCACUUUGUGUGCAUGCUUAAUAUAAUUAAGACAGGUAGGGUUUUCAUCUGAUACCCUCUUUGUAUAUACAGCACAGCAUUAUGUAUCAAUAAAAUAUUAAAACAUGAAAGAACAUUUUUCCACAGUUAAGAUAAUUUCCAUUUAACCAUUUUGUCAUCUGCCAUGUUUCAUUUUCAUGGGAAUUCCACAGACUGUACAACUGGUGUAAAGACCCCAAGUAUUUUGCAACUCUAACCAAAUGUAGUAGUACCCCCAAUGUACAUCAUUGCCAGAUGUUUGAGAAGUUAUAUGAUCAAAUUACAGAUAUACCUAUUUUUAGUUUCCAAACUUUGAGUUUUUUACAGAUUCAUUUACUAAGCCCAUGUCUGAUUUGGGACAAAAUCCUCCACUUCACUUAAAGGACCACUAUAGGCACCCAGACCACUUCAUCUUAAUGAAGUGGUCUGGGUGCCAGGUCUAUCUAGGAUUAACCCUUUCUGCUGUAAACAUAGCUGUUUCAGAGAAACUGCUAUGUUUACCUAUGGGUUAAUCCAGCCUCUAGUGGCUGUCUCAUUGACAGCCGCUAGAGGCGCUUCCGCGCUUCUCACUGCGAUUUUUCACAGUGAGAAGACACCAGCGUCCAUAGGAAAGCAUUGAGAAUGCUUUUCUGUAGACUGGCUGAAUGCUUGCGCGGCUCAAGAUUUCUUCUUGACAGUGCAAUCAUAGAUUACUUACAACACUGUAUUCUGUACUGGGGAGCUAUGCCUAUUCAGUUAUAUUUCUAUGUCCGUGUCUUCUACUCUAAAUACCUUUUAUGUAUAUGAUGACAAAGGUACAGAUUGUGCGUGUUUAGUGGCCAUGCAUGUAUUGUUCUACCUAAAUAAAAAAUGGAUGUCUUAAAAAAAUUUAUUUUUAGGAUCAUGGAGCACAAUAUAUAUUUCCCCCAUAAACACAGUAAUACAUUGUCUACCUGUCUGUAAGAUGUUUUCACUCCUCACACGCAUGUGGACAAGUGGAAAUUUCCAUUUAUAGAUAUGUCAAAACUCCCAAGUGUUCCUAUUUUGGGCCCACUUCUCUCUCUCUCUCUCUCUCUCUUUUCUAAGAAAAACUUGUUGUUGUGUCUGAGUGUAUAACAGAGCUCUACAGUAAUAAUAUUAAUGUUUUUAUUAAACAUUACUAAUAAAUAUUAAACUACUAUAAAUAAGAUACAUUCUUAUUUACUUGUUCUAAGUUACAUUUUAGUUCUAUAAAUUACUAAGUCAUUUCAGAAUAGCCAGCACCUGGCACACCCUCAUUCACACCCUAUAUAGCUGCAAAUACAAAAAAAGCAGGAUAUUCCAUCUUAAAUUUUGUGUGUGAAUGUUUGCACUAUUUUAUGUAACCCUACGCUGCCACCCUAUCUAUGCUAAGAUUUGCCCUAUUUUGUUACACUUCCCCAAAAAGGGCAAUCCUGUCUGACACUGACCUAUUGGCUUCAUUGCCAGCAUAUUGGCAUAAAAGCAUCCUAUACACACACCACAAGAACACUUGCUGGGGGAGUAAACACAAUGACAGAAAGCUGGAGAACUGCCAGAAAGAGGGUUCUCCCGCUCUCCUUGUCACUCCAUACUCUGCUUAGAUCUGAAUGCCCCUGGUGAUUGAGAGGGGGCAACGCUGUAGAGGACUUUGAAUUAAAAAUGUAAGCAUUUGCUAGCAUUAUGCAGGGAUGAAAAUGUUCUUUAACUUUAAUACAAGUUUUGUGUAGCGUGACAGGUUUGCUUUAAUGGGCUAAGGAUUCUUAACCAGCAGUUUAACCGUAUAUUUGCUUUUAUCCGUUUUAAAUAAUGUUAAUUUAGAAAUGCAUGUUCAGAUUAUUCUAUAGAUUACUAAUAUUAUGCAGCUUUCGUAUUUUCUUUGUAACUAUAACAUUGUGUUGGGCAGCUAAUCAAUGACAUACUUUUAUUUUGGUUGUUGCAUCUCAUGGAAACACAAGUGGAGAUGAGCUACUUGGUGUAUAAUCAAAUAACCUGUUAGAUGUGUUUAGUCGAACCUUACAUCUUUGGUAUAGCGUAUUCAUUAUAUUGCCAUGUGAAACAAAUGUCAGGCUCCUCCUAGCAGUAGGAGUAACUAUCUUCAUUUUAUGUAAAGUGUGUGAAUCAUAUUCCAUUCUUAUGAUUUUUAAUUUUGCAGACAAACUAUGAAAAUAGAAUAUACAGCUUGAAGAUAGAAUGUGGACCUAAAUACCCAGAAGCCCCACCAACUGUUAGAUUUGUAACUAAGAUGAAUAUGAAUGGAAUCAAUCAUUCCAAUGGCAUGGUAUGUAUGCAACUAACAAUGGCUGCAGUGCUAAAAAACUUGAUUACUUUGUGUAUAAACAAGCAUUCCUUGCAAAAGAGCGAUAAUGGUUAAGCAUGUUUUUCACUUGUUAGCAAGUGUAACUUAACACCAGGAAAAAAAAGUUUUAUAAUAAGGAAUCCAUCACCAUAUUUUACAGUAAAUUUUUCUUUAUCUAAAGGAGCACUAUAGGGUCAGGAACACAAACAUGUAUUCCUGACCCUUUAGGAUUAAAACCACCAUCUAGCCCCUCUGGUCCCCCCUUGCCUCCCUAAAUAUAGUAAAAUCUUACUGGUAUUCAUGUCUGGAGCUGCUUGCUUGUUCCUGUUGACCUGCCCACUGUCUACGGACAUCAGCAGAAGUGGUAGCCUGAUCCAAUCACAAUGCUUCCCCAUAGGAUUGGCUGAGACUGACAGUCAAAUCAGGGGCAGAGCCAUCAUGAUUCACAUACAGCCCUGGCCAAUCAGCAU